UUGACAGCUCGUUGACAGUUGACAUUUCAUGAUUUCAUCGCUGCACGUAGGAAUACUUAGUGGUCGUGUCGUAAUUUUUACAUCGAAUGUUGCGUUAACCAUCCACGUUGUCAGUUUGUCUUGAAAGUUUGGUAAAAGAGUGAGAGGUUCAAGAAGAGGGUGAAGAAAAAUAACUUAUGUUAUUGAAAGUAUAGUUAAAAACAAAAAAUUUGUGUAAAUCACAUAUUUGAUAUUGUGAGAGAUUUUCAAAAUGAAACGUGCCAAACCGGAGUCGUCGUCACCCUGCAACAAAGAACUUUUACAUUCUAACCCAAAACGCUUGAAAUAUCUUGCUCAAGAAGAAGAUUACAACUAUAAUUUGCUCAACUUGUCUGAUGAUGUGUUACUCAAUAUUUUCAAAUACCUGUCGUCGUUUGAUUUGCUGUCUUUGCACUUGUGCUGUUUGAGAUUGUGUGAUUUGUGCCGUGACAGAACGUUGUGGAAAAGUAUAGACUUGCGUGGCAAGCACUUGCCUUUUGAUGAAUUGAAAGAAUACGUCAAGUUUUUGCAGCCUGUAACAAAGUUCCUAGCACUUCGUGGCAAUAAAAGAAAAAAUGAACUUCCAGAACUUAUGUUGAGUUUUUUAAAAAUAAUCAACAAAAAAUGUACCCAGCUGGAGGACUUUAUUCUUGAGGAAUAUAGCAUAUCUAGAGAAAAAAUUCAAAUAACAAAUUUUCCUACGACACUUAAGAAGUUAUCUCUGCAAAGUUCUCAACUUUUAAAAGGAAAUAUUGUUCAAGUAGAAAAAUCAUAUCUUUACAAAAUAGAUGACCACAUGCCGAAUUUAACAACUUUGAUCUUGACAAAUUGUGACUGGCUUAAUUCACAUUCAUUCAUAGCAAUCAGUAAAAUCCGAAAUUUGAAAGAAGUACGAUUAAAUUCUUGUCAUGGAUUAGAUGAAGAAAUAGCAUAUGCAAGUCUUGCAUGUAGAUAUGGACUAAAAUCAUUGGAGCUGUUAGAUUUACGAGAUACAUUUGUUGGGGAUAGUGUUAUCAGCAGUUUCAGUCACACAUCAACUUUAACUGAAAUGUAUCUUGAAUGUCCAGGUGAUGAAACAGCACCACACCCACCUAAUGAUAAUCUUCAACUAAUAGAGCAAAAUCCUGAACAUAGAUACAUAGUUUUUCAAGAUAAUCAAAUAGCUAUGGUCAAUGAAAAUGAAUACAAUCAUUUAUUUCGUAACAUCGUGAAUAAUGCCGAUAGAUUUCAAGUUUCCGACCGAUCUCUGUGCACUUUAGGUUUAUGUAGUAACGAAAACAAUGAAGAGAUUAUUAAUUUGCGUGAAGAAGUUCAGCUGGUUCAAGGCAGAGCUCGCACUUUAACUAAUCCAAAACUUAAGAAAUUAGUCGUUAGAAAUUAUGCUGGGGUAACAAAUCAAACUCUUCUUCAUUUUACUGUGAACGGUCGGGAAUUAAAAUAUCUCGACGUUACUGGUACUUCUGUGACAAAGGAGGGACUACAAAAUUUCAAACUCCAACGGCCUGAUGUUACUAUUAUUUCGUCUUUUGAGGAAAUAUAAUUGUAAGUUUUAUUCAUAAUAUAGUUGUACCUAUAAUGAAUACAUUAUUACUAGUAUGAAAUAAGUAUUGAUUAUUAAUAAAAAAUGAAAUAAAAAAAAUCUAUAUCAUA